AUGAAUUUUGAAUUUCAGAUAUUUCUUAAAAUAAUGAAUUUAUGAAGAAAAAUUUAAGUGAACUAGAUAAAAGAAACAAUGAAGUGUUUAAUAAUUGUUAUUUCCCUUAUCUCCCUCAGUCAAGCGGAUACACUGAGGGGGGUUGAGGACGGGAAAGUGAAUGAGGAACAAGGAGAAGGGGAAAAGGAAAAAUUAAAGGAUGGUGUAAGGGAAGGAAAGAAAACCUCAGAUUGGAGUCAAGUUUACAAAAGCGAGGAAGAAUAUCCUUCCCCUCAACCUCAUGCUUACCCUCUAACCAAGGAAAUGAGAAGUGCAGAUUGGUUCAGUUCGUAUCCAUAUCAUAGAUAUCAGCAGGCUGAGGAGAGACAGGACGGAUUCCUGGAGACGGUUCGAGAUGGUUUCUCCGGGAUUGGAGAUGGAGUACGCAACGGGUUCUCCGGGUUGGGAGAAGGAGUAAGGAACGGUUUCUCUGGGUUAGGAGAAGGGGUACGGGGCAGUUUUCCUGGUUUGGAAAACGGAGUUCGGGGUGGCUUUGCCGGGAUAGGAGAAGGAGUACAGGGUGGUUUCUCCGGGAUAGGAGAUGGAGUGCGGGGUGGAUUCUCUGGGAUAGGAGCUGGAGUGCGGGACGGAUUCUCCGGGUUAGGAGAAGGUUUGAUGAGACUUGUCAGAGCAGAACCUAACAGAAGACCUAACAGUGUCAGACCAAACAGGAUCAAUAGGGAUGGCCCUCAGGGACCACUAGACGGUCUUAGGGGCCAAAACCCCAGAAGUCCCUUAAAUGGACCCCUAGGAGACAACAGAGAUGAUUUCCAAACUCAGUUUAAGCGUAAAGCAGAUCCCAACCCACUGACAGAACUUGUAAACUUCCCUCAGCACGUGAUGGGAGGAUUUACGAAACUGACCGGGAUCCAGCUACUACCUGCCUCAGCCAAGAAACGAUCUGGUACUAUCAGAGACUCCUCAAAGCGAAUGGUUCAUUCAAAACCUCCGCCAGGGCGGAAACCUGGCACUAGAAACAAAAAACCCGCCAUUGGUCCCAGACGGCAAACACCAGCAAUGGAAACCAGAAAAGAGAAACCCGCAAUCAGGACCAGAAUAGAAACCCCACCAAUUGGAACCAGGAUGGAUAAUUGGAACACUCCGCCGCAAUCUUUCCGCCGUAAUCAGCACGCCCCUCGACCUCAUCCGCCUCAAAGACCAAGCAAAGGUUUAAAACAUAAGGGUGGUAAGGGUUGGCCUAAACACAACUUUAACCAGAUCGAUAAACAUUAUCAAACUCAUUAUACAACCCUAUUCAAUAACAACAACAACAACAACAAGAACAACAACAACAACAACAACAAUAAAAACAACUACAACAACAUCGACAACAAGUAUAUCAUAGAAAACAACCUAAUCUCCGAUGAAGACUACAUUGAUAAGAUAAUGAUAUCUGAUGAAAACAAAGCUAUAAAUGAAAUCCCAAUCAAGGAGCUGAUUAAUUACCCCGUAGAAGAAAACAUGAUUAACAAGAUGAGUGACCCCAAGGGUAGUGAUGAGUCCCUGGGCUCUAUCAGUCAAGUAUUUAUCGAUGAAAAUGAAACUCCUGCCACCUUGAGUAAUAUCUACCUGGAUAACCGUCCUGCUACUUCAGCAAGACCUGGAACCACGAACCAAAACUAUUUCUUUACUCCAUCUCCAACCAACUGGCAGAGAUCUACUCCUAAAUCUUCAGGAUUUCAAGGAUUCAGCUCUCCUCAGGUUUCUGUAAAGACCAAUUCAUCCAUCUUUAUAUUCAAUACUCCGACAACUACAGAGUCUAAUCUUGCAGAGAGACGGAGACAGACACUUUCGAACCCAAUCCAGAGUAACUUGAUCCCAGCCCAGGGAAGCUUGAACCCAACCCAGAGUAGCUUAAACCCUAGUACUCAGCGUCCAAACAGCUAUUUCUACGGUAACUCCGAGGAAAUUAUAAAUGGAUAUUUUACAACUCCUUCCCCUGACUUCUCCGGUCCUGAACCAGAGCAGGUUCCUGAACCCAACCCUGCUCCUGGUAUACAGAUAAUACCAGAACCAACGUUCAGUCUGUCAACCGUCACACAGGCAUCAAAUCCUACCCAGAUACCUCAAAUUCCAUCCCAGGGUCCUACUGUACCCAUUUCCUUUCCUACCUCAAACCCUAGUUCUCCAACUCUACAAUCCUCGUUUCCAACCUUGCAACCUUUUACUCCGACCCAUAUUCCUGUUCACCAAUCACAUAAACCAACUAGGAUACCAAGUUUACUUUCUACAACCUCAACCCAGCUUCCUUCCUCACGACCCACUGAGCUCCCAUCCUCCCGUCCUUCUCAGCUCCCAUCCUCCCGUCCUACUCAGCUCCCAUCCUCCCGUCCUACUCAGCUCCCAUCCUCCCGUCCUACUCAGCUCCCAUCCUCCCGUCCUACUCGGCUCCAAUCCUCCCGUCCCACUAAACUCCAAGAUAUCAACUUGCCUCCAGGACCCAGAGUAAAAAAGAACUCUCAUAUUAGCACAACCCUUACUCCUCAUCUCUCCCACUCUUCAAUCUUCCAACAGUUCGGAGAUCUAGUUAGUGUUAAUAUUUCAACUUAUGGAGAACUUAAAAUAAAACCUAAGGAUGAAAACGACAAUUAUUAUGAUGAUGGUUAUGAUGUUGAUGAUGAUGAUGAUGAUGAUGAUGAUGCUAGGGAUGACAAGAAAUCUUCUCCCACAAAAUAUUCGAUAUCUCGAGACUUCAAUAUCGAUCCUAUUGAUAAAUUCAAGUUGGUCGAGGAUAGAAUUGAUGUUUCAGAAGAAAAGGAGACCUAUACUGUGGACUCUGGUUCUGUAAGGAUAAGAAAUUGGGAGAAUCCCAACCCUAUAUUAAACCCUAUGCUAGGAAUAUUGUCUACCCCAAGUCCCAAAUCUGUUUUUGAAUCAACUCCGGUUCCAAAUAUGAUAAAAUCAACUCCGUUUCCAAAUAUGAUAAAAUCAACUCCGGUUCCAAAUAUGAUCAAAUCAACUCCUAGCUUUAAUCCAAUUUUAAUAUCUACAACUCAGGGAUUUAGCCCAACCUAUCCAACAACAGCAGCAACAGCCCUUUACCGUACUGAACCCCCAACAACAGAUUUACCCACCACAAUAAUGACUACCACAGAUGCGCCUACUACAACAGCAACAACGUUAAAAACCACAAGUAAGAGAGGUAUUAUGAGUAUUCGAGAUGCAAUCUAUGCAAAGAAAAGACGACCUACAAAGCUAGCACUUAUCAAGUCUACAUCAGAGUCUUCAAUCAAGGAUGAGGAGAUGACUAUCUCCGAGGUUACGAAGCUAACCUCUGAACCUGUAGUAUCAUCCUGGAGUCCUCUUCAGCGAGGAUCUACCACUACUUCCAAACCUGGCAGGAGUCCAACUAAACCAGCAUGGCUCAGGUUGCGUAAUAUGCGAAACAGGGCAACCACCAGGAAAACUACAAUAGAAGAAAAAAAUAAGGAGAACUUGGAUACAAUAGAAAACAGAGAGGAAUUAAAAGUGAGUGAAAAUGAAACACAGGAUGAAAAAUACACAAAUGAAAUAGAAGAAGAUACAAAGAGGAAAAAGGAAAAAGGAACAAGAACAAACCCAGAAGAAGCAAGAGAGAAAAGAGAAGAGGAGUUGAAAAAGAAACAAGAAGAAGCACGGAAGAAAAGAGAGGAGGAUAUAAGGAAGAAUAUAGAAGAGAAAAUGAGGAAUGAGAGUGCUGCUAAGGUUGGUGGGAUCAUGGGCCAUGGCUGGAGUGGAACAGUUAGACCUGCUCCUUCAGGGAUAACUACUCCAGGUUGGCAUAUCCACUCCAAUCCAUUGAAACCAUUGCCGCGAAGCGUCCAGGAUUCUGAUACUGCUGACUCUGUCCCAAUUCGAGUAAAAAAGGAACUUUCAUCAUAUCCUCUUCAACGGGAUAUUGGAGAAAAUGUUCAGCUGCAUAUGUUCACGCUAGAGGACGCUAUGGAUAGAAUACCUGAAAACAAAAUGGCGGAUAAUCAUGAACACAAAUCAGCUGAUCACCACGUGGAGAAACACGCUGGUAAACGAAUAGACAGACCUGGCUAUAACAGGUUUGAAACGAAAAUCAGUGCUAAACCUAAACCAAAUAUGAAUAGAAGAAUAGGACCUCAAGAUAAAGUUUGGACCCUAAUAGGUCCAAGGGGGGAGAUGUUUAGGUUCAAUAAACUUAAAGAUUUGCUCAAUUCUCCGAAUCUAAGAAGAACGAUGGAAUACUCAAACUAAAGAUGUAUAAUGUCUAAUGUAUAUAAUUUAUAAAA